CUUGCAGGCAGCCAGACCUGUCGUGUACCGCUACUUCCGAGCUUUUAAAGUAACGCACCCUUAUCCAUACUGUUUUCAUCCGCUCUGUGCUGUGUGCACAUGAUCUCUAAAUUAAUACUAGUCUAUGAGGGCAAGAUAGAAGCACCAUUGGUCCCGGAAUACCGCGCACUACGCUAGCGUAUGGUUUUAUACCGAAGUCUCGCAACUAUUGCUCAUCGUAGCCAGCGGUUUUCCGAGCAGGAGGGAUACACAGCAAUCACGCCUGUCUGCCCACUUUUCUUUCAGGAAUUUCACCGAAUGGACAUGCUUGGUUUUAUGAGACGAGAAGCUCCCUCAGUUCUUCGCAAAACACGCUGCCCAUGAGAUCUGGAUUUUUCCAGAACUCACGUUUAAAAGGGGGAAGAUCCUGAAGCCUAGAGCCAGAACCAGGAGGAGGAACUCCUCUCCUUAACAGGAGGCUGGAGGAUGCAGGACAUAGACCUGAACUCUGAGGGAACUCACCAGUUACAGUCCAUAGGAUAAACAAUAUAAGUGUAACAGUUGGACACAUGUUCACUCAGUGCUAACGUACAUCAUAAACAGACUGCUUGUGAAGACCUGUGAAUUAUGCAGAAAGGUUUCAGUAGGAGCUUAUCAGUCCUAAGGCUGGUGUGGAAGUCCCUGGACAAAAUGAGGUGUUUCCGAAAACGUUCUACCAUACCACUCCUCGGUGUCCUGAUCACCUGCCUUCUCUUUGUGAACCUGUAUAUCGAGGAUGGAUACGUACUGGAAGGGGACAAGAGACAACUGAGAGAGUCUGCUGUACACCAACUGAACUCUGAACGAUACGUGCACACCUUUAAAGAUCUCUCAAAUUUUUCUGGAACUAUAAAUGUAACAUAUCGUUACCUAGCAGGGUCACCUCUACCAAGGAAAAAAUAUUUGACCAUUGGUUUGUCAUCUGUCAAGAGAAAAAGAGGAAAUUAUUUAAUGGAAACCAUCGAGUCCAUUUUUGACCAGUCCAGCUAUGAGGAGCUAAAGGAGAUUGUGGUUGUGGUCCACCUGGCAGACUUUGACCUGGCCUGGUGUGAAAGCUUAGUGCAGGACAUCUCCAGGAAGUUUGGCCACCACAUCAUUGCUGGACGCUUGCUGGUCAUACAUGCACCAGAGGAGUACUACCCAUCUCUGGAUGGACUAAAGAGGAACUACAAUGACCCGGAAGACAGGGUCAGGUUCCGGUCCAAACAGAACGUGGACUAUGCUUUCCUCCUGAACUUCUGCACCAACCUCUCUGAUUUCUACAUGAUGCUAGAGGAUGAUGUCCGCUGUGCCAAGAAUUUCCUGACAGCCAUGAAGAAGGUGGUCAACUCCAGGGAUGGGUCUUACUGGGUGAUGCUGGAGUUUUCGAAGCUGGGCUAUAUUGGGAAACUGUACCACUCAAAGGACCUGCCUCGUCUGGCCCACUUCCUCCUCAUGUUCUACCAGGAAAUGCCCUGCGAUUGGCUGCUCAUCCAUUUCAGGGGUCUGCUGGCGCAGAAGGACGUUAUUCGGUUCAAGCCCUCCCUCUUUCAGCACAUGGGUUACUACUCUUCCUACAAGGGAGCAGAAAACAAACUGAAGGAUGAUGACUUUGAGGAGGACUCCUUUGAUAUCCCCGACAACCCGCCCGCCAGCCUACACACCAGCAUUAACGUGUUUGAGAACUAUGACGCCACCAAAGCUUACAGCAGCGUGGAUGAGUACUUCUGGGGGAAAGCGCCAUCUACAGGAGACUUCUUUGUGAUUGUCUUUAACAAAUCGACCAAGCUUAGCAAAAUCAAGAUCAUCACAGGAACUGACGAUCGGCAAAAUGACAUUUUGCAUCAUGGAGCCUUAGAGGUGGGGGAAAAGUUAGUGGGGACCAAAAAGGGAAAGCAGUGUUCAUCAUAUAUUACUCUGGGGGAAUUUAAGAAUGGGAACAUUGAGGUCCAGGAAGUGGACCAUAAGAUUGCAUUUGACAUUGAAUGUGUUCGAAUUGUGGUCACAUCCAGUCAGAAAGAGUGGCUGAUUAUCAGGAGUAUAAGCCUAUGGACUACACAGCCGCAAAGUCAAUAAGUUCUCCAGUGGAAUGCAAUCCUCCCUGACCACAACGCCAACAAACUAUUUUAUUUGUCUAUUUAUUUAUUUGUUUAUUUUUCUAUGACUUGAAAAUAGAUGUUUCUUUUUGGUUGCUUUUACUAUGCUUUUAGGAAUAUUUUCACAGAAAACAAAACCUGAAAUCUGAAUGGUGACCUCAAACCUUACAUCUGAAACAAAUAUUCUUGAUCUUGUUGUUUAUUAAUUUAUUCACUUUUUCUGAUAAUCAUGAGUAGUCCAUCCAGUAUAUUUAUGUAAUUUAUUUUAAACAUGCAAUUUUAUCUCAGCUUUAUACAUCUAUACUGUUAUUUUGUACUUGACCACCUGCCUGGUGCUUAUUGGUGUGACUUGCUGAGUAUAGUUACAUCAGAGAAAUCAUCCCUCAAGCAUGUACCUUAAUGGAAAUCCAGAUCUCAAAAGUGCUUUUGAACUGGUUUGUACAAACUGUAAUAGUGUAAUAGUGCAUGUUGAUCACCAGAGACUGGGCAGUUACUGCCAGUUCUGAGCAAGCUGUCUUUCUGGACUGUGUAAUAUCGAGAUAAUAGAUACUCUGAUGGGGCCUAGAAAAUGUUCAUGAGGGAGAGCCUAUUCAAUAGUUUGCAUUAGAUGGUGUGUUACAGAAGAAAACCCCGCCAGUCAUAAACAGAAUGUCCAGAGCCGUACAUUUCCUAUUCUGCUUAUAUCGGACAGUUUUUAAAUGACAAAUUAUUAUUAUCAGCACCACCGCAGCAGACCUGAUGUAUAAUUCUCUACUGUGUGUGCCCUGUUUCACGACUGACAAUAUUCCAGUUCAGACACACAUGACCAACUUAACUCACUAAAACAAAAGUAAGCUUCUUCUUCUGAAUAUGCAAGGUGAAUUUUUGUUUUACCUUUGAAAAGACAAAAGGAAUCUUGGCCUAUACCUGGUUUUUACUAUAAAUUGCCAACGACAUUGUGUGUGUGCGCGUGUAUGUCCGUGUGAUUGUGCGUAUGUUUGUACAGUGAGCUCCAUAAUAUUUUGGACAAAUACUUUUUUUCUUGAUUUGGCUGUACUCCACAAUUUUUGAUUUGUAACAAAACAAUGCAUGUGUGCAAAUUCUCAGCUUUCAUUAAAGGGUGU